CAUGUCCAACAUGGAGGAACUGACUGUGGAGGUCCGUGGCUCCAACGGAGCUUAUUAUAAGGGAUUUGUCAAAGAUGUCCAUGAUGAUGCACUCACUAUUGUCUUUGAGAACAAUUGGCAACCUGAGAGACAAGUUCACUUUAGUGAUGUGCGGAUGCCACCUCCAGCCGACGGUAUAAAGGACAUCGGGGAGGGAGAAGAGGUGGAGAUCUUCUCCCGGGCCAAUGAGCAGGAGCCAUGUGGCUGGUGGCUUGGCAAAGUGCGCAUGAUGAAGGGAGAUUUCUAUGUGAUCGAGUAUGCUGCCUGUGACGCCACGUACAAUGAAAUAGUCACCUUUGAACGUCUCCGGCCUGUGAAUGUCAACAAGGUGGUGUCAAAGAGCUCCUUCUUCAAAUGCACAGUCCCAGUUCCUAACGAUCUGAAAGCAGCGUGCGAAAGUGAACAAGCGCAUAAAGAUUUCAAAAAGGCAGUGGGAGCUUGUCGGAUUGUCUACUGUCCAGAAACAAGUAACUUGGUUGUACUGACUAUAAAUGAAGCCACAGUUAAGCGAGUGUCUUUGCUCAGUGACAUGCACUUGAGGAGCAUUCGCACUAAGCUCAUGCUCCUGUCCCGAAAUGAGGAGGCCACUAAACAACUGGAGAGUACAAAGCAACUGGCAUCCGCUUUCCAAGAGGAGUUUACAGUCAGGGUGGACCUCAUGGGCCUUGCCAUUGGAAGCCAUGGCAGCAACAUUCAACAAGCCAGAAAAGUGCCUGGAAUCACUGCUAUUGAGCUGGAUGAAGGGAGUGGGACGUUCAUAAUUUACGGAGAGAAUGAGGAGGCGGUUAAGAAGGCAAGGAAUUAUCUGGAGUUUCUCGAAGAUUCUGUUCAGAUCCCAAGGAACUUGGUCGGCAAGGUAAUUGGCAAGAACGGAAAAGUAAUUCAGGAGAUCAUUGACAAGUCUGGGGUGGUGAGAGUAAGAAUUGAUGGGGACAAGGACAACACACAGCCACGUCAAGAAACACAGGGAAUGGUCCCGUUUACCUUUGUCGGCACUAAGGAGAACAUUGGGAAUGCCCAGGUGCUUCUGGAGUACCACAUCGCCUACCUGAACGAGGUAGAGCUACUGCGUAUGGAGAGACUGCAGAUAGAUGAUCAGCUGAAGCUGAUUGGGAUGGGCCAAAGGCCUUCAUCUAGCCACCCAGCAGACAAGGACAAGAGCUACACCACGGACGACAGUGUGGCUGCUACCUCUCUGCACACCAGCCGUUCCUACACUGGCAGAGGCCGCGGACGCAGAGGCCCCAACUACACCUCCGGCUAUGGCACAAACUCUGAGCAAUCCAAUGACUCUGAGACUGACUCAGAGCGGAAGGAUGAGCUGAGUGACUGGUCCCUGGCGGGAGAGGAACCAGAGAGGGGUACCCAGCCACAGAGAGACAGCAGGAGGAGAGCUGGUCAAGGGAGGGGGAGAGGGCCCAGUGGCAGGGGCCGAGGAGCAGGGAGAGGAGCCUCCAACACCGCUCUAAAGGAUCGUGAUGGCAACCCAUACAGUGUGCUUAACAACACCGAGACAGACCAGACGGUCGACUCCAACCUCAACACAAACCGCCGCCACCUCUCCCGCCGGACUAACGAGGACACAACAGCCAUUGAUGGCAUGAGCGAAUCGGACAAAGCUUCCCUCGGUGAGAAUGGCCUUGAUCCCGGGCUGAAUCACAAAGCAGAUAGAUGAACUGAAAAUAACAAAAAAAGAACUGGGGCAUGUUGAGUGUAUUGCAGAGCACAGCCUCUCCACAUCAGCAAUGGCCCCAGCAAUGGAAGAUGUGACGAACUAGGCAGAGCUUCCACAGUCUGUUACCAAGGGAACAGUGACUAGCAGCCUGUCCUGAAGUGUCUCCUAAUCUACGGGCCCAUUAAUUGUACUACAUUCGUACAAUAGUUAUUGUACAAGCUUGCCAAAGAUGGACAUAUGGACUUCCAGAUUCUCUACUGCACUUUUCAGUUCCCUAACCAUGGGACACAGAGGGGGAGAUUUAGCACUGAACCGAGACAUGACAGAAAGCAUGUUUCAAGUACAUUAUCAGAUGUUGUGCCUUGAGAAUAGAUUUAACCUAGUUGCCUGGCUGUAGUAAAGUUGUCAAUGAUGACAAAGGUGAGAAGAAUCUAGAUAUCCUAAUAUUUGUUGAGCUUUGGCUGAUUUGUAUGUUUUUACAUAUACAAUCACUUCAGACGAGGAAAACUAGGAAAUGCAGUCGAAGAGGAAAAAAGUUUCACUGAAUUGGAAUUUAUUUCCCAUUAAAAAAAAAAAGCUGGAAACUGGUCUGUCAAUGUUCUUGUCCCAUUUUGUUUUAUGCACCCACCAGAGGCUGGAAUGAUGGUGGCAGUAACUUGUCUCAAAGGAGCUUUAUUUUGUUUAUUUAAAAAUGUACACUAUUUAAAAAGCUGUUAACACUAAACUGGCGGAACGACCGUGUUUUAUGCAGGUGACAAUUUGGACUACUGAGGUCAAUUUCCAGAUUUGGUAAACUGUCUGUUUUUUAAUGAUCAUUCGGGUUGUUUGAUGUGCAAUAUGUUUUGUAUGCCAGUAGUUCUUAAAUAAAACCUGAACUUUCAUCUAGAUCCAAAACCA